UUGAUAGGGCGGUGCAGGUCCACAUGAGUCGGUCUGUAAGCUCAAACCUCUCUCUAUAUAUAUAAAUUGAUGCCAACCUCUUUAUCAUCAAGACUCCCCUCUUUCAUUUCCUUAUACACUUCCCUUUUAUCUGUAGCUUCAUAUUGUCAUUCCUUUUAUUUGUUCUUUCAACAUAAUUAUAAUAAAAUGAUGAAUUCAUUCAAGCUUUAUUAUUAUAGAACAAUGCCAAUGAUAAUGAUAAUGUUAGUAUUGUAUGUUUCCAGUUGUUCUCAUGUGUCAUGCACAACUUUUACAUUCGUAAAUAACUGUGACUAUAAAGUUUGGCCUGGGAUACUAGCGGGUGCUAGCAGUCCAAAACUAGAUAGCACAGGGUUUGAGCUCCCACAAGGCGGAACUCAAACCUUCUCGGCUCCAGCCGGUUGGUCAGGUCGAUUUUGGGGCAGAACAGGCUGCAAUUUCGAUAGCGCAGGUCAAGGCACCUGCGCUACAGGAGAUUGCGGCUCUGGUACCAUGCAAUGCAACGGUAACGGUGCCACCCCACCAGCUACCUUAGCAGAGUUCACCUUAAACGGAAGCGACGGGCAAGACUUUUACGACGUAAGCCUUGUCGACGGUUACAACAUUCAGAUGAUUGUGGAGGCAAGCGGCGGAACGGGCGGUUGCGCCACCACAGGGUGUGUGGCGGAUCUUAACCGAAAGUGUCCGAGCGAAUUGUCGGUGGAAGGUGGUGGCGCGUGUAAAAGCGCGUGUGAAGCGUUCGGAAAUCCGGAAUAUUGUUGUAGUGGAGAAUAUGGGACACCGGAUAAGUGUAAGCCAACAGGGUAUUCGGCGUUGUUUAAGAGCGCGUGUCCGAGAGCAUAUAGUUACGCAUAUGAUGAUGCAAGUAGUACAUUUACGUGUAGUGGUGGGGAUUAUACCAUAACGUUCUGUCCCUCUUUGCCAAGUCAAAAAUCGUCAAUGGAUACUCCAACAACUCCCAAGAUUGGAGCAACAGGUGAAUCCGGGCCGGUUACGGGUACGGGUUCGGGUGCAGGAUCACUAAUGGCAGAUGGGUCAUGGUUCUCCAGCUUUUCAUCUGGAGCAAAUACAAGACAUCCUUCUUUUGCCAUACAAUUCACAUUCCUCUUCAUUGUCUUCAUAUCAUUGGCUACAUCUAUAUUCAAAAUUUAAUCUCUUUAUUUAAAGAGCUAAAAAAGACAAGAUCGUUAUUCAUUUAUUUCUCCGUUCAUUUAAAUUUGCUACGUAACGUAAAUUAAAACAAGAGUUUUUUAAUGUUAUGCAGCAAAUUCAGACGAACAGAGAUAUCUGUUCAUUAAAACGUUAUUAAAAGGUUGUUUUAACACGAUGGUAUUUUUCAUGGGGACACAAAAAGAUAUGGUGAUUUUAGUUGAAGAAUAGAGAUUAAAUUAGAGUAAGAAUUCAAAUUUUUUAAAGCUUUUUUGUAAAAUAUAUUUAGGUUUAGCUUGUAAAAAAGUUUUUUUUUUUUAUAUUUAGUUUUGUGUUAUUAGAAAGUUAAAGUAGAUCCCAUUUUACUACCUAUUGAUUUGUCCAAGAUGAGAUUCUUUAGGAAGAAGAAAAGUGAGGAUGUUAAAAGAAAAGAUAGAUCAAUUUUUAGAUAUGUAUGAUUCAUUUUUUUUGUAACUUUUAUGUGUAAUUUUGAUCAAUGAUAGAAAGGAGACUUGAACUUUCUCUUGCCCAA